CCUCAGUCCCCAUCAUAUAAAAUAAGUGUCUAUUUGGGUUGACGUAAUAAGUGUCUGGUAUGAGUGUUUAGAUCAGUAUGUCUGAAGGAAUAGUUCACGCUGAUGUGAAGUUCAAAAAGCACCAAAAGACUGAAGGAAAAGAUGGUGCAACAGCAUCCACAGGGAAUGAUGCCACGUACUCUGAAAUCUCAAUUCCCAAAGCCGGACGCAACCAGACAUCUACCGACACUGAUGCUGGUGACCCUGAUUCUCAGAAGGGGUUAAAGGUCAAACCAGGUGGAUAUGACCCUGUCAAAGUGGUCCUGGUGACUCUCUGUUUUCUUCUGAUGGGGAUGGUCAUUGGACUUCGGUUUCUGUAUAUCAGCAACCUGCCAACCAAAAACACAGAGCUCCAAAUUCUGCAAGCGGCUUACAAUCGGAAUCUUACAUCGGCUUUAAUGAUCAAAAACAGAGAGCUUCAAGAACUGCAAGUCAAGAACAAAGAUCUUCAGGAGAAGGAACGUGCACUUCGGCAACAAAAUGAAGAAUUGAGAAAGCAGAAAACUCCACCCUCUUGCCCUACAAACACAGGGAAUAAUGACGGUCCUCAACCUAUGAACUGUGCUGAAGGCUGGGAGUAUUAUGGGGGGAAGUGCUAUUACUUCUCCCCUGAUAAACUGACCUGGGCUCAGAGUCGGGAUGAGUGUAUCACCAGGGGGGGACACCUUGUCAUCAUAGAGAGCAUAGAGGAGCAGAUAUUCUUAGAUCAGAAAACUGGUACAAAAAUAAGUACGGAUUCUGAAGACAAGUUCUGGAUUGGGCUGACGGACAGUAUAAACGAGAAUGAGUGGUUAUGGGUGGACAAUUCAUCUCUAAGCACAAGCUUCUGGCUUGGUGACCAGGAGCCAGAUGACUGGAAAGGAGAGAAUCCCGACGGUGAAGACUGUGCUAGAAUGGGGGAACCGAAUGGUACUAUAGACGGAAAGAGUUGGUUGGAUGUCAUCUGUAAUACGACUCAAAGAAGAAUAUGUGAGACAAAAUCCCCCUUGUGAAACAGUAUCUUUAAGAAACUCAAAAGUUCCUUUUAAAUAUGUCUCUGAACAACCCCAAAGUAUUUUUUGCUGGCAUUGAUAAAAAGGAGGAGAAACUGUAUUGUGACUGGUUUACAGGAGAUUACUGCUGAUAUUCACAUAUCUUUCUUUUUUUGUACAUACAUUUUUAUGCAUUUUAUGCUGUGGUGUAAAACAAACCAAAUCCCCAACUGAGUCUAAUUAAAAACAUGUCAGAUAACAUUCA